AUGCGAAAAGGAGAGCGGGAUGAUGACUCGAGCACUGUGGCGGUGAUUCGUGGAGCUGGAAAGAAAUCUAAGAAAACGGCGAGCAAGGGGCCAAAGAAGGAGCUCAAAAAUCCGAAGAAAAAGCCAAAGAAGAAUCUGAAAAACAAAAAAUCGAGAAAUUCCGAGUCAGAAAUGUCGGAUUCCGGAAAAACGACGGACUGUGAAAUGGAGAUCAGCGACGCAGAUGAUUAUCCACCAGUGAAGAGAUAUCCAAAUCGUCGUCGAUCACCACCACCACCUCCACCAUCCGGUAGAGCUAUCAGUGCUUAUUAG